UUCGAAAGGGAAACGAAGGAAAGGGCUGCCGGAAAAUGAGCCCAACAAGCACGAUUGACCGAUGACGAAGGAGAAUUGAUGUGUUGCCGCCAGCAUGUCGACUCCCCAGAGCCCACAGCGACAGGCUUUGGAAUGCCUGGUCCAGGCAUUUAACAGAAUGGACAUCGAUGCCAUCUUCUCCUAUCGCCAUGAAGACUGUAUGCGAUACAUUCUGCCCGCGUCCAUGGGCCAUCGGCCUCAGGACAAUACCACCUAUCGAGCACAGCUAGAACAGCUGCGACCCAUUUUCCAGAAUUUUCGCCUCACGCUUCACGACAUUGUCGAAGAUGUAGAGUCGAGAAAGAUAUGCGCUCACCUCAAUGCGCGAGCAGAUACGGCUGCUGGAGAAUAUAUCAACGAGUACAUGUGGACACUACAGUUUAACGAAGCAACCAAGAUCAUCAAAUGGAGCGAAUUUGUCGAUACCGGAGUCAAUCGUGAUUUCUGGCCCAAGCUUGAAGAGGCUAUGCAGUCUCAUCGCCAGUCGCAAUCUCGGGAAUGAUCCCAUUUCUUCACUGGCCCCAGGCAUGGACGAUAGAAGGUCAACCUGAGGAAAGACCAAAGCCCUCUAGUGCCAAGCGGUUGCAAGCCAGAAUGCGUUCUUCCUCGGUCAAGAAUUUGCUUCGAGUUGAAGUUGGAAAGUCCGGGAGCGCGAAGAAGACACCAAUUGCAACAACGACUGAAGCCAGUCCCUCUAGUAUAAAGAGCCAUCUCCAUCCUCU